AUGGCUAACAAGAAGAGUGUAGCAGAAGAGUUGCUGCAAGAGGUCGAUGCCUAUGAAGCGAAACAGCAGGAAACGUGGGAUAUUAUCGAAGAAUUGAUUACAGUGUGUAGGACAUUGGGUGACGAAAGAAACGCUGUGAAGGCCGAAGACGAGCUGGGAAAUAUAAUGAGAGAUACAAAUCGGGACGCGACGACAGUUAAGUCCUAUGUAUCCGCGAUGGUGAGUAAACAAUACAGUCCCGGCGCGGUUGGUGAUGAACCGUUCAAAAAAGUUAGUGAGAAUACCGUCGACCAUGUGCCUACGUCGAAAGCCGAAGUUGAGCGAAAUCUUGAACGUUUGCAAGUACCGAAGUUCGACGGCGACAAAUUAAAGUUUGCAAGUUUUUGGGCAGCAUUUUCAGCAAUCGUGGAUGAAACAAGUGCACUACCAAGAUACAAAAUGUUGAGACUGAAAGCGUGCCUUGAAGGGAAUGCGGCAGAGGCAAUUGCCAAGCUGGGUUAUUUGGACGAAGCUUACGAAGAGGCAAAGAGAACUUUGAUACGUAAGUUUGGUGGCGAUCGUCGACAAAUACAAGCGCAUUUGGAGAAUCUUCGAGCCACCAAGUCGUUUCAAGAUGAUGACGUUCUAGAAAUUGAGAGGUUUUCGGAUAGUCUGGUGCAUUCGAUUGUUACGUUGAAGGAGCAAAAACAAUGGAAUGAAUUAAGACCGAACAGUACGCUGUACUUGUUGUUAAUCGAGAAGGUUCCAAGGUCGAUGCUGUCCAGAUUUUUCCGUUGGUUAUCUGAGAAAGUUAAAGAGGAGACUUUAGAAUCCUUGAGUGACUGGUUGGUUGAAGAAACAGAGUUCUUGAUUCACGCAAUGGAGACCAAAGAAGGCAUGUCGGUAAAGAAAACAUCUCGAGAUAAACGACCGCAUCGUAAUUUCGCUACUGUGACAGAUGGUCGACAGCGAAAUUGUGCUUGCUGUAACAAAAUUGGUCAUGGAGUAUGGAGCUGCGCAAAGUUUAAAGACGGAAGCGUGGCGCAACGUUGGGCUUUAGCAAAAGAAAAGCAGUUGUGUUAUCGAUGCCUCUCGGAUCAUCAUCUUGGGAGAAAUUGUCCAAGGACACGAGUCUGCGGUCUUGAAGGCUGUAAACGCAAUCACCAUCAGCUGCUACAUGACUCUGAGAGGAAGGAUCAGCAGGAAACCGACCGGGAUGGGAAAGAACGAUUGCUCAAGCCAAUUCCAGACCCAAAGGAUGGAAAUACGUCCGCGUCACAAGAGCAAACUGGGAUAGAAAAGAAGACAUACAUAGCAACAUUAGCUGUGUCUCAAUCGUCUAACAAAGCGGGAUCAUUUCGUACUGUACCUGUGUGGUUGAAAGCGAAUGGUCAGAAGAUACGAGUUAAUGCUGUUCUUGAUGAUGCCAGCAGUGCGUCGUACAUUAGCGAAGAAGUGGCUGGGGUUCUGGGACUGUCUGCUCCAUAUGAACCUGUUACGGUUCAGGUUCUAAAUGAAAAUAUCGAGACUUUCGACACUAUGCCAGUGGACUUGGUUCUUGAGAGUAGCGAUGGUAGUGUUCAAGUUUCGUUCCGACCGUUUACGUGUCCGCGUAAGAUAACCGGAAGCUACAAGGUGGUAGACUGGAGAGGUUAUCAGAACCGUUGGCCCCACCUAGAAGUGUGUAAUUUUCCGAAGGCGACAAAAGAUCCGUUAGUGGAUGUUCUUAUUGGGCAGGAUCAAGUCGAUUUACACUAUGCUAGAUGUGAUGUGAAAGGAAAACCAGGUGAACCGAUAGCGAGAUUGGGUCCAUUGGGAUGGUCGUGCAUUGGAAACCCAGAAGAGAAAUCGUUGGUCUGCGAAUCACUUCGAACGAACCUGGUCUACACGUUCUUUGCAAAGUUUCAGCCACUUGAAGAGCUUAAUCGGUCGUUAAAGAGAUUUUGGGAAUUGGAGUCUGUCAUGCCCGAAGAGGAGCCUUGCGUGAUGUCACAAGAAGAAAAGUGGGCGUUGUCUCAGUUGCGUGAAUCGUUAGUCAAGGUCGGAGAACGUUACCAAGUGGCAGUUCCAUGGAAAGGAAACCGUCCAGUUCUAGCGAACAAUUAUGAGACAGCACUCAAACGACUCGAGAAUACAGAAUACGGCUAUUGA